AUAACGCGAGACUAUGUUGAGCCCAGCCCACCAAAACGCAAUAUUCGAAUAUUUGUUUUACUUUUACCGCCACCAUCAAAGCAUCACGACCACGCUCCGCUGCUUUCCCGUCCGUGUGUACGAUAAUAUACAAUUUUCUUUCGUUAUUUUGGCCAGUUUUUCGUACACCGUUCUUGGUUAUUGAACCACUGCAAGUCGCGGUGCUUUACCGGAGCGCAACGGACAAUAUAUCCGCUCGUGAAGAAGUGAUUUUUUUUUGUUGUCUAUCUUUACGUAUUAUAGUGUGAGUGUGGAGCUGGAGAUUCCUCAAAAAAGAUUCUUGUUGUUUUUUUCAUCAUUUUGAUUAUUGAUCGCUGCUCAUAACAAUGGAUGAAUACUAUCAAAUUAUGCCAAAAAUGUCCGGCUAUCUCGAAAAGAAAGGCAAAAAGAAAAUGAUGAGUUGCUACAAAAAGUACUGGUUCGUCUUGGAAGGCCGAUUACUGCUCUAUUACAAAUCCAAAGACGAAUAUGAUGCAAUAUCACCUUGUAAAGGAACUAUCAAUUUAGGACCAACUUGCAAUAUAAAAACUUGCGCUUCCAACACUGGAGUGUUCCAAAUUGAAAGCAAAACUACAACAAUAACUUUGAAGGCAGACAACAAAGAAGAUCAACACAGAUGGAUGGAAGCUCUUAUGUCCGCCCUGAAUCAGAGCAAAGGUUUCAAAAAACUGGACCAUUUCCGUUAUUCUGUUGGAGAGUUAUCUUCAAUAGUCAACUCAGAUCCGAACGACGAAAACAAUGCGACUUUUAUCGAAAGAUUGCAAAAAAUGGGAGCAAAAAAUUACGGGAAUUCAAAACCGAAAGCCAAUCCGCUAGAAAGUCAAAAGCAAAUAUCUUUAUCCGACGAAUCAAUACCGACAAAUAAUGGUUUUAAAAAUAGUAAGGAAACACGAUUUAGAAAAUGCGAAUCUGUCAUCAUUGAGAAUGAGGAAUAUGGAAAGUUGGGGGAGCUAAAGUCAAACAGUGUGAAUAACAGUGUUGAUGAUAGCUCUGAAGGGAUUUACGAGAGGAUACCUUCCAGUGAUUCAGUGUUUACUAAAAGAGAAAUUCUAGAACGUGACCGUAGAUCCAGUCAAACAACCGAAAACGAAGUUUACUGGACAAAAUGUAGUGAUCAACUGGAAGGCAAUACAGAUUACUAUGAAGCCAUUGACUAUAACGAUAAUAUCCAGAUGCAAUUGAGAAAAAAAUCGAAAACGUCUAACGAAGAAGAGAAUGUUUAUGCUGAAGCAGAAGCAAUUGUGAAAGAAAAUCGAGAUUCCAGAAGUUCUGUGGUAUAUGCUAGUAUUGAAGGUCAAGUGGAUUAUGUGGAAAUUGGUGGCGAUGAUGCUAAGAGAAAUAGUUCAAUUUCUAGUCAAGAAUCUAACAGUGCAGAAAAAGAUAAGAAGAAAUUCGGAUUCGGCAGAAAGCACAAAAAAUCCGAAGACAAAAAAGUGAAAGUGAAGAAGUCGGAAAGUUUCCUACAACGUGUCUGGAAUAAGAAAUCGAAAAACAAGAAAAGCCAAAAAGAAAUUUCAUUGAGCACCAGCAAUAUCGCGAAAAAAUUGGAAAUGACCGACGAUGAUGCCCUGAAAACUCUCAGCGAACUCCAUCCUAUUCUACAAAAACAGUUCUCAAACAUGAGUUUUCGGUCGCAGGAAAAGAUGCACAUGAGAAGUCGUAGUGAAGAUGGUGACGCGGAAAUACGGAGUGAAAUUAUUAUUCGAGAAGUAAAAAUGCGUAUGGAUAAUAAAGAUAACACUCCAGAAGACCAAACAUGUCCAUCUUUACCACCCAGAAACCCAAAGCCUGAGCCGCAAGCUUUGUAUCAAGAAAUGCCAAAACACUUACCUCCUUUAGUGCCACCUAAAAUGAAAAAAAAGUUAGAAAUUGCUUCGUUGGAUGAUCUUCUAGAAAGUCUCAGUCAACAAGCAAAGGAGUUGGAACAGGAAAGAAAAAAUCAAAUGGAAGAUAGUCAGAAUAAAGAAGGCAAAGUCAAAGAGUUAAUAAAAAGGUUUAGCAUUGGUAAAGAGGAAGGAGUGGAGAUGCGUCAAAAAACUCAAGAGUGGAAACCCAAAACAUCUGCUGCUUAUUCCAACGAUUUGGAUAAACUUUUAGAUGAAUUAUCCAAAGUCACCAUUGCUCCUAUUAUGACCCCAGGGGUUACUACUAGUCUUAUUAAUCCAGAGAUUUCGGAUAAGGAGAUAUUGAAAAUGGUUCCGAUCCGAAGAAGGAAGUUGUCAGAGCCUGACUAUGACGUACCCAGGCCACAUCGUUCUCUGGUUAAUUUACCAAAAAAAGAUGAGAACGCUCUGGAAGCUACAAGAUUCUUUGGACCGAUUUUGAAACCCUCAGAUUAUCCGGAUAACAGACCACCAACUCCUCCAGCAGACUACUCAAACCUUCCAAGCAUAACUCCAGACUCUCUAGAAAUUGAAGUUCGGAAAAAUCAAGAUGAAUUGCAAAAUGUCUCCUUCCAAUCUCACGAUUAUCUUGGCGGUAGCAAGCCGAAGCACAACAAUAGAGAUUUUUUGGAAAACAGUAAUCUCUACGACGAUCCUAGGCUUAUGAUGAAACCACAUUUUUAUUUGUUGGACGAUAAUCGGUUUAUAGACUCUCUAGAGCCAUAACUUUUAAUUUAAACUUAUUUUAGAGCCAAUGAUGUUAUCCCUUCAUUUUUUUCGAUUUUAAUGAUUUAAUAUCCAGUAUUUUCACUACUCUUAUAUUUUGUACAUAAGUAGUAAUAAGUACCUACUUAUGACUUUGUUAGUUAUAAUAUUUUAAAAUGUAUACCCUAAUAAUAUUUAUUUCAAUACUAGUCUAGUAUUAUUGUAUUUGUAAUAAUUUAUCUUCUCUAUCUAGUUUUCAGGUUUUUUUUUUUUUAAUAUACCAAAGAUGUAGGUAUGUAUUGAAAAUUAUGAGUUUCACUUUAAACAUUACCUAAUAAUUGAAACAAAAAUUUAAUUUUAAAUAAAAAAAUCAUUUAUUAACUUGUCUCAUUUCUUUCCCUUUUUCUUUCCACCUUUUAUCCUCUUUCUAAACCCUUUAGCCCCUUCAGUGUCAUCAUCGUCGUCGUCCCCGCCUUUCCGCUUAUUACUCCCUUUUUUGUCGCUCAAAUCCCUCAACUCCAUUUUGGCUAUCCGUUGAGACUCUGCAACUCUUUCUUGUAAAGCCAUAACCUCGUCUUCUUCAGUUUUGUAAAGGGGGAGCUGUUUGCUGAUUAGUUGUUCUAUCCUUUGGUAGAGCUCGAC